CAGUGUCCGAUAAACUGCAAAUGAGCAAUGUGGACAAAUCCUGUAUAAAGUAGCUAGAUCGCCAAACAUUGAUUCACUAGCUAGCUAAUGAAUCUAAUUAACGCGAGUUACAGUAGCUGAGCUAGCCAGCAAUGGAUUUGAUGUAGCUAACUAACGUUAUUUAGCAAAAUAGCUAUAUGUCAUGGUUGCAGGUUACACUACAUAAAUAUACAUUUGUACUUGACACUUUUGAUACAGCUAACGUUACAGUAGUUAGUUAGCCAGCCAUGGCGCACUGUACGCUCAUCUAUCUGAGGUCAGGACCGAACUCUCAACUCCGUUGCGCGAUUUGCUAGCAACAACAUUGAGUCCCUUUGUCGAUACUUGUAAGCUUUUUCAGAAUUGUAUUUUAUUUUUAUUUUUUUACAUGUACUUAUUUUGGUCCUGUACAACUGAGGCUGUUUCGCGGGUUGCUGAAAUUCAUACUUCUAAUAAAAUAUGUUAUCGAAUACAAGCACCGACUUUUUCCUAAUUGGUUUUGCUCAAAUGGAGACAUACCGGCUUGAAACAGCUUCUUGUAGACCUAACCCCGGAGUUAGGGAGAUCUUGAGCACACACUGCCUCUUCUGUGACCACCUCAUCUAUCCCGAUGCCUACCCUUUGAGAGCUGCCUGGCACCUACCUCCUGAGGCCACCUGCUUUGCCCUGUUGUCAAACAGAGGGGAAGUGAGAAGCAGCAGCCGACAUGGCAGCCAAGGCAGGGGACAACCCCGACAGCCUCAUGGCACUGACCACAGCCUUCUGCCUGAGGAAUCUGAGGAGGACCAUGUGCUACCUGGGAGAGAGGAACAAGCUCUGCCUACGCUCAGACAUCUUCCUGCCCAGCGAGAUCUGUGACAAGCUGGUCAACACAUACAUGGAGCUGGUCCAUAUGGACAGUAACUUUGAGCCGCAGGACGGCUUCUUCCAGCUGUUCUCGGAUCCGCACAGCACCAGGCUCACCCGGGUACAGCUGAGGGAGGACUUUGUGCGUGACAGGGACCUGGAGGCCAUUGGGAAACAGGACUUGAUAGAGCUCCACCUCACCUACUGCAACAACCUAUCAGCUCACAGCCUCAGGACUUUAACUAGAUUCCGCCAGACCCUGGUCUCCCUCAGCCUGUUCGGCUGCAGCCACAUCUUCUAUCGCAAGGGUGGUGCCCCACUGGCAUGCGACGAGGAAGAGGAGGAAGAUAGGCCGGCCUCCAGACAGGCACUGGACACAGACUUCAGCUUCCAGGGCUUCAACCGGCUGCGGCUGCUCAACCUCGGGGGUCUGCCUGAGGAGGUGGACGCUGAGGCUCUGCUCAAGCCCCUGCCGGCCCUCACCUCCCUAGACCUGUCCGGGGUGCCGCUACCCAAGGCUGCCUUCCUGGCCCACUGGAAGGAGAGGCUGGCCUCGCUAGUGCUCUACAAUGUGGACCUCUCCGAGGAGCUAAUCAACACGGUGGUGGAGCUGGGACACCUCAGGCACCUGGAUAUCUCCAGAGAGCGCACCUCCAAGUGCAAGAUGACCCGUAAGAUCCUGACGGCCAUUGUGCAGGGCCUAGUCAACCUGGUGUCACUGGACAUCUCAGGUCAUAUCAUGCUGGACAACUGCACAGUCCCACACUUCGAGGAGGCCAUGGGACGUCCAAGUAUCGAGCCCUGCAAGAGCAGCAUCUACCCUUUCCAGGAGCUAAAGAGGCCCCUGCAGUUUCUGGGGCUCUACAACACCACCCUUUGUAAUGUGACACACAUCCCUGCUUACAAGGUCACAGGCUCUAAGAAUGAAGACCAGGUCCUGAAUGCCAUCGAGGUCUACACAGAGUUCCGCCCGGAGCUGGCCCACCGAGCCAUCAACCAGCUGUUUGAUAUCGCCAGGAUACAGCACUGCAGCCAGCUACUGCGGGCACUGCAGCUGGUGAUCGCUGCACUGAAGUGCCACAAGUACGACAAGAGCAUCCAGGUGACAGGCAGUGCGGCCCUCUUCUACUUGACCAACACAGAGUACCGCAGUGACCAGAGUGUGCGGUUGCGCCGGCAGGUCAUCCAGGUGGUGCUCAACGGCAUGGAGCAGUACCAGGAGGUCACGGUCCAGAGGAACUGCUGCCUGACGCUGUGUAACUUCAGCAUCCCUGAGGAGCUGGAGUUCCAGUACGGCCGGGUCAACCUGCUGCUGCUGAAGAUCCUGGAGCCAGCCCGGCAGGAUGAGUCCAUCCAGCGCAUCGCCGUGCACCUCUGCAACGCCCUGGUCUGCCAGGUGGACAACCACCACAAGGAGGCUGUGGGCAAGAUGGGCUUUGUCAAGACAAUGUUGAAUCUCGUCCAGAAAAAGCUACAGGACAGGAUGUGUGACCAGGUAAUGGAGUUCUCCUGGAGUGCCCUGUGGAACAUCACUGACGAGACGCCAGACAACUGUCAGAUGUUCCUUAACUGUAAGGGCAUGAGCCUCUUCCUGGACUGCCUGAAGGAGUUUCCAGACAAACAGGAGCUCCACCGUAACAUGCUGGGGCUGCUGGGUAAUGUGGCAGAAGUGAGGGCUCUGCGACCACAACUCCUCACCCCACAGUUCAUCUCUGUCUUCAGUAACCUGCUGGACAGCAAGGCAGAUGGGAUUGAGGUGUCCUAUAAUGCGUGCGGCGUGCUAUCCCACAUCGUGUUGGAUGGGCCAGAGGCGUGGGCCAUGGAAGAGCCACUGAGGGACACGGUCAUGGACAAGAUGAUGGACGCUAUCCAGAGCUGGGACGUCACCUCCCGCCGGAAUAUCAACUACAGAUCCUUUGAACCCAUCUUGCGCCUGCUGCCCCAGAGCGUCGCCCCAGUCAGUCAGCACUGGGCCACGUGGGCACUCUUCAACCUGGUGUCGGUCUACCCGAGUAAGUACUGCCCUCUGCUGAUAAAAGAAGGAGGGAUUGUUCUCCUGGAGAAGGUGCUGGAGCUCCAGACAUCACAUGAAGAGACCAAGGACAUGGCGCGGAAGGUGAUGGAGCAGUGUGAGAACUUCAAAGAAGGCCCCAUGGAAACGACGAGGUAGACAACGGCCAACAGAGGACAACGGCCAACAGACGACGACGUCAGGGGAGCAGUACCGCUAGACGAACAAAAAAGGCAAAACUUCAUAGGAAUCCUUCAGUAUCUUCUCACCACAAGUGUCAAUUGUGUGCAUCAAUUUACUGUAGAGCAGAGCAACUGUUCUUUGCCUCUCAGCCAGGCUUUCUGGACAGAACCUUGUUAUGCGACACUAUUAGGAAGUUGAGAUGUGGUGCACCGAGUUUGUGUGUGUCUGUGUGUGUUUGCGCGUGUGUGUGUGUGUUAUUUGUGUUGCACAUGAUAAGCAUAAUUUGUAUAAUGUAUUUGUGUUCAUUUAUUGAUUUGUUUUGCUUUUUGGUGUGCGUGCUUGUCCUCGUUUGGGUGUGAGUGUGCUAGAGUGUGUUUGCGUGUGUAAUGAGUGUGUGUAAUAAGAGUGUGUGUGUGUGUGUGUGUGUGUGUGUGUGUGUGUGUGUGUGUGUGUGUGUGUGUGUGUGUGUGUGUGUGUGUGUGUGUGUGUGUGUGUGUGUGUGUGUGUGUGUGUGUGUGUGUGUGUGUGUGUGUGUGUGUGUGUGUGUGUGUGGAAGGACGUAUGUGUGUUAUAAUAAGGAUCAAAACACCAGGGAGAUGUUUGCCUCUGACAAAUAGGAAACAAAAAUGCAGGUUGUUAUGGUAUUUUUCCCACCUUAGUCUGUUAUAUUGGGUCUCGUGAGAGGCCCUUCGUUGUAUAAGCUUAAUUUCCAACACAGCGCCGUCAACGCCCAUCAUGCUCCUUCUCAGAAUUCUCAGUCCACAGCCAUUUCUGAUGCAGAAAUUUCAAAUGGAUGACGCCAUGAGGUGUGGACGGUCGAUUAGUUUUAUCCCAAACAGCACUGAUCUGUGGACAGUUGCUAUUGAGCAGUGAAGUUGCCAUGUCUGUGGAUGCAUCUCUAUCCCACACUGAUCGAGAGCGUAACCGUGGAGGUGUGUAGCCGUGACAAUGACACCCAGUAGAAGUCUUCCUAGAUCCUGUGGCAUGGGGAAGGACUUUUUGUUUUUCGUUGUACGUAUUUGGAGUUACCAUCUGUCCCAUCAUUGUUUGUCAGUUUUUUUGUUAUAUGAUUAUAAACAUUCCUAUGAUUUAAUCUGUAAAUCUAGGCUUUGUUCCCCAUUCCUUACAUAUAUAACCCACAAAUAAGCUGAAUGAUGAGAAACAAAUCAGGAAGGACUAUACUGUUAGGGUUUUUGGAAUCUCAACAAAAAAAUGCCCAUGUUCUAAAAUGUUAAGGAAAAUCUGAAGGUGGAUGAUUUUAACUUUGUGUCUUUCAUGUAUGUGGAUACAAUGCCUUCAACCAUAAAGUCUUAGCGCCAUAUAUUUAGAUUUGACACAUUUAGGAAAGCCUGUAUCUGAUUUCUGAACAUUUAGUUGCCAUGUAAGAAAUCUUUAGCCUAACAUUUGCACAUGAUUUGGUAAGGUAGUCGAGUGAUGCAGUGGUAUACUUGGUCUCCAAAAGCCAACAACAAAUGUGAAGAUUAGUUCAUAAAAUGCUGACCUCAGAUUUUUACGCAACAUUAAUUCAAGAAUUCAUGCUGUAUUGUAACAUUCAGUGGGGUCGGAAAUUAUUGACACCCUUGAUAAAGAUGAGCAAAAAUGACUGUAAAAUAAAUAAUAAAAAUACUGAGCUAUAUUUUAUGCUAAAAAAAGGGAAAUUAUAUUUUAUACCAAUACAAUUAGAGAAAUAGAUAUUGUUUAACAAGUAAUACUUUUUUUCUCAAAGGUAGGGGUUAAGAUUGACACCUCUGUUUUCAAACGCUUGCGAGGAUAACGGCACAGAGACAUUUUCUAAAAUGUUUUAUGAGUUAGAGAACACAAUGGGAGGGAUCUUAUCCCCAUCCUAAAUACAGAAUCCUUCCAGAUCCUUGGUAUCCUUCGUCUGCGCUGAUGGACUGCCCUCUUCAAUGCAAACCACAGGUUUUCAAUGGGUUUCAAGUCCAGAGACUGAGGCAGCUAUUCCAAAAUGUUGAUUUUGAGCCCAAUUAACAAUUUCUUUGUGGAUUUUGAUGUCUUGCUGGAAGUUCCACUUGUGGCCAUCUUAAAAUGGAUGUCAUCCAUGGGUUUUUGUUCAGAACUAAUCACUAAUUUCCCCCUACAGACCUUGAUGUCAGUAGAAAUAAAUAGCUUAUCAGUAGAAGGAAUUUGUUCCACACUACACUUACUCUUCAUAGAUUGAUCUUUAGUUGGAUUAUUAUUUUGAUAUUUCACAUGAAGUCCCAACACAUUCAAACAUGGAUUUUUCCUUCGCUUCUUGAACAGAAAUCCUCUCUGGUCCACUAGAUAUAGAAUUAAUUAAUCUUUGCUUUUCCAUGUACAUUGUCUUAAUACUUUUUCAUGUGAUUUUGUAUGUUUGUAUAGUGCAUUAGGAAAGUAUUCAUACCCCUUGAAUUUUUCCACAUUUUGUUACGUUACAGCCUUAUUCUAAAAUUGAUAAAAUACUUUUUUCCUCAUCAAUUUGCUAUGAGACUCAAAAUUGAGCUCAGGUGCAUCCUGUUUCCAAUUAUCAUCCUUGAGAUGUUUCUACAACUUGAUUGAGUCCACCUGUGGUAAAUUCAAUUGAUUGGAUGCGAUUUGGAAAGGCACACACCUGUCUAUAUAAGGUAUUGUGUGUAGUUUGAUGAGGUGGAAAAGAACAAUUGAAUCCAUUUUUGAAUAAGGCUGAAUAAGAUUUUUUUGGGGGGGAAAGUAUUGGGGUCUGAAUACUUUCCGAAUGCACUCUAUGCCUCGUUCAACCAUAUUUAUAUUGUUAUUUUACAAUUAUGGUGGGAGGUUAUUUCCAAAUGGGAGGCUGAACUGGGCAAGGCCUGUAGAAAUGGAAAACAUAUUAUUGUUGUUAGAACCUCACUUCAUAAGAAUUUUGCUGAUGUUGGAUUCUCUAAUAUUCAAUAAAUGGGUAGAGUUACAUAGCACCAAAGGGAGGAUGGGUCUUGGUUGAUUUGUGUAGGUCUUUCAGGCUCUUUAGCACUUAAUGAACAUAUCACAUACUGUACAGUAAGUUAAUAAAAAGGAGACAAUUCAGUUGUAAAUGUGGGGCAUCUGAGGAAAAUGUAGGUAACCCUUAUUUAACAUCACUCUUCUAAGUCUUCAUAAGAGCUAUGUAUUCAGAAAAAUUGUGAAAUUAGGGCUAUAUUAUGUUCAGUGCCUUCAGAAAGUCUUCACACCCCUUGACUUCUUCCAUGUUUUGUUGUUUCAAAGUGGGAUUAAAAUGGAUUUAAUUGUAA